ACCGCGCCGCACAAGCAGCCAGGAGGUGGAGCCGCAGCCGGAGCAGGGCAUUGCCUGCCCAGUGCUCCGGGCGCUUUCUCCACAUGCUGGCUUUGCAGAGUGACUUGAUUGCUUGAGCUCGAUCUGAAAGAGGGGGGAGGCCUCGUCAAUUUCAUCCUCGUCCAUUUCACCCUGUCAGUUUCCCAAGUGCCUGAGAGCACCAGAGUGUGUGAAGUGACUGGGCGGCCUGAAGCGACUUGUAUUGUCCCAUCUUUUCCUCUAGAAGCAAGAGAUCCCUGGAUUAAUUCUACUACAUAGAUACACAUAUAAUAGCGUAUGUGAUAUAUAUUCUAUACAGAAUAUAUUGCAUAUAUUCUCUAUAUAUACCUCUAGCAGUUCUAUGGAGGGACUCGUUCUUCCGGAGCCAUGGAUGAUGUCCCACCUGCAAACUGACAAGGCAUGAAGAGUCCCAAACCGGGCUUCUUGGGGCUGGGGUGAGCUCCUGGAUCUUGGGUACCACGGAGUGAACCCGAGAGCACGGGGAAGGAAAGCGGCUGGAGGGGAGGGGGGUUGCUCUGAGACAAACCCCGCCGAGCCCGUGCAGGCUGUGGAAAGCCUUCUCCCCUGCUGGCAGCCUGUGAGGAGGAUGGGCGCUGCGGACACGGCGCUGUGAGCCCGUUUGGUGAGCACAGAUUUCCAUGGGACUGAGAAAACUUUGGAUGCUUCAGACAUUUCAUAUUACCUUCCCUUUUUCCCUACAUGGGUAAAAUAUUUGUCCAAGUUUGUUUUGGCAUCAUAGAGCAAUUUUUGAUGAUGUCACUUCUGCAAGAAUCAUGAAAAAGGAAAAAUAGUGUUAGUAUUCUCAGAACUUGAUAUUUCAGCAGGUAAAACAAAGAGAAGAAAGCUGACAAGAUGCAAAAGAGGGCAAAUUUUGUGGCACUCUCCGUGGUGCUGAUUCUGUCUCUGGGGCUUCCACAAAUUGCAUUUCCGUGUCCACACUCAUGUGCCUGUUAUGUUCCCACUGAGGUUCACUGCACAUUUCGGUCAUUAGCAGCUGUUCCAGGAAGACUUUCUAAACAUGUGGAAAGAAUCAAUUUUGGGUUUAACAGCAUACAAUCUAUAUCUGAAAACUCAUUUGCAGGGCUUACAAAACUGGAAUUGCUCAUGAUUCAUGGAAAUGACAUCCAAAAUAUACCCAAUGGGGCUUUAAAAGAUCUUGUGUCUCUACAGGUUUUCAAGAUUAGUUACAAUAAACUGAAAGUCAUUACAGGCCAAACCCUUCAAGGACUUUCAAGCCUAAUGAGACUGCACAUGGACCAUAACAGAAUUGAAUUCAUUCACCCAUAUGCUUUUAAUGGAUUAACUUCCCUGAGAUUGCUCCAUUUAGAAGGAAACUUAAUUCAGCAGCUGCAUCCCAACACAUUUUCAACAUUUAUCGUUCUUGAUUAUUUCAAACUGUCAACAGUAAGACACCUCUACCUGUCUGAAAAUGCCAUUAGGACACUGCCUGAAAGGAUGUUUCAGAGAAUGCCACUCCUGGAAAAUCUUUAUCUUCAUGGGAAUCCCUGGUCCUGUGACUGCAACUUGAAAUGGUUUCUUGACUGGAAUGAAAUGUCAGUAGGUGUCUUAAAGUGCAAAAAGGAUAAAGCCUAUGAAGGAGGACAGCUCUGCUCUAAGUGCUCCAGUCCCAAGCAUCUGGAGAAACAAGAUAUUCAAAAUGUAAAGGAUAUAUCAUGUAGAAAACCCAUUGUACAGUCCUCACUGAAACAGAACAGCAGCAUUAAUGAGGAGGAAGGAGGUGAUAGUUAUGAGUUUCCUGUGGAGGACUUUCAGUCAUCCACAUGGAACAUUACUCUGAAUAUGACUGAUGAGCAUGGAAACAUAGUGAACCUGAACUGUGAAAUCAAGAAGCCAGCAGACUCUACCAAAAUUCAGUGGAACCAAAUUUCUCCGCAGGAAAUUGAAAUUAAUGCUACAAUUUCACUGGAUUUUGAAUGCCCAAUGAACCGAGAAAACUAUGAAAAACUAUGGAAGCUUAUAGCUUAUUACAGUGAGGUGCCUGUUAAAUUAGAAAGAGAAAUCAUGCUUAGCAAAGAACCUAAAAUAAGCUAUCGAUACAGGCAAGGCUCAGAUUAUGAUGCCUUUUAUUACACAGGUGUCAAAGCUCAAAUACUUGCUGAACCUGCUUGGGUGAUGCAACCUCUGAUAAACAUCCAAUUAAACAGGCGCCAAAGCACAGGGAAAAAAGUAGUGCUGUCUUUUUUUACUCACUUUUCUCAGGCCAUUCAGACCAAAGACACAAAACCUCAGAGAAGCAGUUGGGUAAUGAUAGAGCAAAGUCAGAACAUAAGGACAGCCCAGAGUGUAAUUGAAGGCUCAGACUGUCAGCUGAGCUGCAAUGUGAAAGCAUCGGAGAGUCCCUCCAUUCAGUGGGUGUUUCCAGAUGGGAAAAAACUGAAAGCUCCUUUCAAUGAGAAAGAAAGCAGGUUUUCCAUCCUCAGCAGUGGCCAGUUAAUAAUCAAAAAAGUAGACUAUGUUGAUUCUGGAUUGUACCACUGUGUUGCUCAGGUGCGAGAUGAAGUAGACCGAAUGGCCUAUCGAGUUUUAGUGCAACCUCCAGUGAUUCAGCCAGCUGACCCUGAUGUCAUGAGGGUUGAAAAAAAUGUUAGAGAGCCAAUAGUCAUGCCUUGCAGGGCAGUUGCUGUACCAGAUGCAGAGCUGAGCUGGAUCCUUCCAAAUGGCCAUGUGCUUAAUCAUUUAUCAAACUCAUCAAAAGGAUACAUGUUAGACAAUGCCACGUUGUUCAUUCCAAACAGCCAUACCAGUGAUAGUGGCUAUUAUAGGUGUGUAGCAGUGAAUCAGUGGGGAUCAGAUCAGUUUGCUGUUAGGGUUACAAUAAGUAAGAUGGUAUCUGACAGAUCCUUUAAAAAGGUAAAACUGAGGAAGCGUCCAAUUUCAAAAAGCUCCACCAAGAGAAGAGGGGGUAUAACAGAAGAUGAGGGAGGGUCAGGUGCAGAAGAGACCAAUGAGCCCCCGCACAAAAAGAACCACCUGAAAGACCGGGAAGUAUCGAUUAAACAAAAGAAUGACCUGGUACCUGAGGCUCAACUUAAAAAAGGUAAAAAAGGCAGGAGAAAAAUGAAAUUCUGGAAAGCUACAGAUAAAACCCAAGAGAGCAACGUGGCAGAAGGCCGUAGAGUAUUUGAAUCUCGAAGGAGAAUUAAUAUGGCAAACAAACAGAUCAAUCCACAGCAUUGGGCUGACAUUUUGGCAAAGGUUCGUGGAAGAAAUCUGCCUAAAACAACAGUAGCACCCACCCUUUCUUUAAGAACUGCGUUGUCCUUAGUUAUGCAGAAGGCCACAACAGCUCCUUCUCUAGUGGCCAACCCCCCCCUGAAACCAGCGCUGGAGAUAGAAGCUGAUAUAGAAGAGUCUUCAGCAGAGGCAUCCCACGUGGGUGAGAAUGAGCUGCCCUCAGCCACAAUUGCCCCCACUGUUAUAGGACAGGAUUAUAGUCAAGAUCACAGACCUUCAGGUCAACCCACAUUAAUGAGCACAGAGACAGGGCCUUCCACUGAAUACAAGCAUUUUCAAUCACCUACAAGUAUAUACACUGUAGAAAACCCUUUUGUGUGGGAGACAUAUGUUUCAACAGCCUCUUCAACCUUAAUAACACAAGAUCAGCAGCACGGUAGUCAAAAAAGGGAUUAUUUUUUGACAUCCAAAACAAGCAGGAGUACUUCCACAAAAGAGCUUCUUAAUAAAAAAAUGAUAACUAGCAUGCCUCAUACUCAAAGUAAUUUGUUCAUAGCAGAAAAUGCAGAGGCAACACCUCCUUAUUCAGCAGAGGAAACAUCUGCUUCUGCAGAGCUACCAGAGGAUGCUGCUUUCCCUACUGCAUCCCAACCUAUAGAUUUCCUAACCAAUGUGGAGACAACUUCACAGAGCACUGAAGUGAACCAUGUGCAUGCUGACUCUGUACAUUCUCAGAAGAAUGAGAUCAGCUACAUAGAUGUAAUAUCCACUCCUACUAUUUAUUCAUCCUCUACUCCAUUUAAAGGCUUUGGCAUUGGAGCCAGCAGUUUCAUAACGCAUCAGCAUACAGGGGUACCAACAGGUCAAACUAAAAUUGCAGAUGUUGAGUUAAGCAGAAAUAAUCAAGUUUUCACAUCAGGUAGUGGCAAAACCGGUGAAGAGCCACAGGUUAGCAAGGACAUAGAGACUCACAUAAGAAUGUCUAGUAGCAGUCAGGAGAGUUUCAAGGGAGAUGCACAUAAAAAUGUGCCUGUUUCAAACCUCUACCCUGCAUCUACAUUGGCAAGUACUAUCACUCCUCUUAGAACAACAGAGCUGAGUAUAACUGCUGCUUCAUUUGGCAAGCUGACCACUAUGGCAAUGGUGACAACUCCCUAUAGAAAAACUACUUCUGCUAACUCAUUGGUUACCCAGCAUCCCAGAAAAAGACCUUAUGGGAGGAGAAGAUUAAGACUCAACAGAUUUCGGCAAAGACCAAAGCCUAUUCCUUCUACUGCUUUUACCACAGAGGGAACACCCAUUGUUCAAAAAACCCCUAAACCAGAAUCCAUUAUUCAAAGUACACCUGGAACUCUGAUAGGGGAGGAUCAGAAAAAUGAGGCUAAGAAACAAGUUGAGAAAGAUAAGCAGUUAGAGAUGAUUACUUCUUUAGUUACAGAUGCAAAUGUUUUAGAGAAGUCAACUACAUUCAAAGACACAGAUUUAGCCUCUUUACAUUGGCCUACUUCUUCUCCACCUGAAACAACAUAUGUGACACUUUCUACUACUUCUGAAACCCUGGUAGUUCCUGUGACUGCUAUCACAAAUACAUCAGAAUAUGAUGGACUUAACAGAGCUUCUGUUACAAUGUUAAAUGUGUCCCCUGAAGCAGACCAGGAGACAUCAACAUACCAUACUUUAGGUAUUGUACCUGAAGCAGAUAUAACUGAAACAGGUUAUGAAGUUACAAAUGGUAAAGCACAGGAAACAAGCACUGCAGUGUCCUCUGAGCAUAUCUAUAGCUUGGUAUCAUCAGCCAGGCCUAGAUACUCAGCCAUUCCAGAAUUUCAAGAAGAAUCUCUUUCCCUUGGCUCAAAAAAUGAAGAGAAUGGAAUCAGUCCUAGCAUAUUCCAGUCCACACCUCCCACUGUGCUUUAUUCAAGUACUCCUGGUGAUUUCAUGGAAGAUUUUAAGGAUCUGUCAACUCCAGAUAAACUGCAGGAGUCUUUAAAACCUUUAAAGACAACAAUGGUUACUACACCACUGCAUCAAAGUGAAGCAACAACCUUAUCUUCUUCCUACAGCACAACAGAAUCUCAGUCUCUUACUUCUACAGAAACAAAGACAUCUGUUACUAUACCGGUACAAACUGAGAUAAAAUCUUUUCUGUGGAGCAGGAAAGAAGACACAUCACAUGCAUUUGAUAAUGAACCUAUUCCUGUACAUACAACUACAAGUCUUGGCUCUCCAGCUACAUCUGUUACCCCUUUCUCAUUUACAAAACCUACUGCUCCUCCUUCAUCUAUUUCAAGCAACUUACAUGUGUCUGUUCAUUCUCCUACAAAAGAAAAUAACAUAUUUAAUCAAAUAGGCUUGCCAGAGACCAAGAGAGUUGAAACUGACAGUGUAAGAAUUAUACUUAGCUCAAGGCAAAAUGUUUUUUCCACUCCAUAUUCAAACCAAAACAGAAUUAAUGCACAACCCAAAGAAGAACAAUUUAAAAGGACCUAUACUAGCAAAUCAAACAAUAGUUUACUGCUGAAUGCAAACUUUCCCCGUCAGCCAGCAGGGAAGAUACCAGUCUUAAACCAGCGACCAGUUAUUGUGCCUCCAAAGCAGAUUCCAUCAAGGGGCACAGUGAGGUCCCCAUAUCUAAUCACACAGGGCUCAUUUCAGCAUUUUGUAACUCACCAGCCCCUCCACUAUACUAAUAAACCAGAGAUAACAGCUUAUGCAGCACACACAACACAGGAUAAAAAUGCCCCUCAUGCAGAACUGACCACCACAACAGUAGCCACUCCAUUGUACAGACCUAAUUCCCUCACUCCAAGCAGGUUUAGCAAUCAAGGUCAAAACAGAUACAAUAUCAACUCCAGAAUUUUUGGCAAUAACUAUAUUCCUGAUAACAGAGGCACAUCUGGGAAACUUCCAAGUCAAGGAAUCCCAUAUUAUCCUAGUCUCAGAAUUCCAUUCAUCUUUAAUAGAACCAGGAUAUUCCCACAUAUAGGAAUGAAUCCUAAAGCUGUAGUGCCUAGUCCAUUUGCUCCAGAAAAUACAAAUGAGAAGAAAGUUGUCCAGCUUUCACCUACCAAGAGUACAGUAAAGAAUGCUGCCUCGGAGUCUCCAGUGUUUCCAGUACCUCCACAAUCCCACAUCUCCAGCACCAUACCACCUGCCACAACUACUUUGAAGAUCACCUCUCCAGCACUUCUCUCUCAAAGCAACAGACCUCAAAUAACUUCUACCAUUCAGUCCUUCAGAAGCAUCCAUUAUAAUAAUAAAAAAGUUCCACUUGUGCCGAAACUAGGAGGAAUUCUGACACACAAUUCCAGCGUAAUUCAGGUUUCAACCAAUUUCCGAGGACUUGGAGAAAGACCUAAAAUCACCACAAAAGGUUCUCACAGCUUAUCUAGCCUUGCUGAAACAGAUGCUAUUAUUCCAUGUGAAGCAGUGGGAGAACCAAAACCUUUAGUGACUUGGACAAAAAUCUCCACAGGAGCUCUGAUGACAGCCAACACAAGGAUACAACGGUUUGAAGUCUUGAAAAAUGGCACGUUCAUUAUCCGAAAUGUUCAGCUUCAGGACCGUGGACAGUAUUUGUGCACUGCCCAGAACCUGCAUGGUGUUGAUAAAAUGAUUGUCUUGUUGACAGUAAUCGCCCAGCAGCCCAAAAUACUAGUUUCCCGCUACCGAGAUAUCACAGUUUAUUUUGGAGAGACAGUGGUCAUGGAAUGCCAGGCCAAUGGGAUCCCAAGCCCACAUAUUUCAUGGAUUUUUCCUGAUAGGAAGAUAUUACAGAAAGUGACUACUACUGAAAGCAGGAUAAUGCUGCAUGAAAAUCAAACUAUGACCAUCAAGGAAGCUACCUUUACAGACCGAGGAGUGUACAAGUGCAUAGCUAGCAAUGCGGCAGGAGCUGACAGUGUAGUAGUGAGGCUUCACAUUGCAGCCUUACCUCCUAUAAUCCAUCAGGAAAAACAAGAAAACUUUUCUUUGCCUCUGGGACACAGCAUUAACAUUCACUGCAGUGCCAAAGCAGCACCCCUUCCUAGCAUUCGCUGGGUGCUCUUUGAUGGCACCCAGAUCCGACCAUCUCAGUUUGUUAAUGGGAAUUUCUUUGUUUUCCCCAAUGGAACCCUUUACAUACGCAAUGUCUCCCCGAAGGACAGUGGGAACUAUGAAUGCAUUGCAGCGAACAUGGUGGGUGCAGCCAGGAGAGUAGUACAACUCUAUGUGAAGAAGCAGUCAUCUAAUGCCAAGAUCACUGGGAGCUCUCCCCAGAGAACAGAUAUAACAUAUGGUAGCACCCUACGACUCGACUGCAGUGCUUCUGGGGACCCCUGGCCCCGGAUAUUAUGGAGGCUGCCUUCAAAGAGGAUGAUUGAUUCUUUGCACAGUAGCUGGGAGACCAGAAUCAAGGUGUUUGGCAAUGGGACUUUGCUUGUCAACUCAGUCACCAAUAAGGAUGCAGGCGAUUAUCUUUGUGUGGCCCGCAAUAAGGUUGGGGAUGACUAUGUGGUUCUUAAAGUGAAUGUGAUGAUGACACCAGCCAAGAUAGAACAUAAAAAUGUGCAUAAUCACAAGGUUAAAUAUGGGGGGGAUCUGAAAGUUGAUUGUGUAGCCACAGGUGUGCCAAACCCAGAAAUCUCCUGGGGCCUCCCAGAUGGUAGCAUGAUAAACACCUUCAUGCAAUCAGAUGACAGUGGAAGUCGAGCAAAGAGAUAUGUGGUUUUCAACAAUGGAACACUGUAUUUCAAUGACGUAGGCCUGAGAGAGGAGGGGGACUACACGUGUUAUGCUGAGAACCAGAUUGGAAAGGAUGAGAUGAGAGUGCGGGUCAAAGUACUAGCUGAGCCUGCAACUAUCAGGAACAAAACCUACUCUGUUAUUAAUGUUCCCUAUGGAGAUGUUGUCACUGUUACAUGUGAAGCCAAAGGUGAGCCAACCCCCAAAGUGACGUGGCUUUCUCCAACAAAUAGACCUAUUCCUGUCCUAUCCGAUAAAUAUCAGGUGUACAGGGAUGGCACCCUCCUCAUUCAAAAGGCCCAAAGAUCAGACAGUGGCAACUACACUUGUCUGGUACGAAACAGUGCUGGAGAAGACAGAAAAAUAGUCUGGAUCCUUGUCAAUGUUCAGCCCCCCAAAAUUAAUGGGCAUCUCAAUGCAAUAACUUCUGUAAAGGAGACAGCCAUGAGAGACAGCCGUAAACUUAUUGAUUGUAGAGCUGAAGGUAUCCCAGCUCCACGGGUUCUGUGGGCUUUCCCAGAAGGGGUGAUCCUGCCUGCUCCCUACUAUGGGAACAGAAUCACUGUGCACCGCAAUGGCACCUUAGACAUCAGAGGUGUGAGACAAACAGACUCAGUGCAGCUUGUGUGCAUUGGGAGAAAUGAAGGUGGGGAGGCUAGGCUGAUUGUGCAGCUUCUGGUCACAGAUCAUUUGGAGAAACCAUCAUUUAGGGACCCAGUCAGUGAGAGGAUAACUGCAAUAGCUGGGCACAGCAUCAAUCUGAACUGCUCAGUGCAAGGUAACCCUGAACCCAGCACAACAUGGAUCCUGCCCAAUGGCACAGAACUGCAGAGUGGCAGUCACGUGCAAAGGUUCUACCACAAAAGGGAUGGGAUCUUGCACAUCAGUGGCCUCUCUGCAGGGGACGCAGGGACUUACCGGUGCACAGCCAGGAAUUCAGGUGGCUAUGCAGAGAGAACUGUCUUCCUAAAGGUGGGACUCAGGCCAGAAAUCAGCAACCAGUACAACAAUCUUGUGAGCAUCAUCAAUGGGGAAACUUUACAGCUCCACUGCAUUACUCAGCCCAACCAGCGGUCACAUACCUCCUGGACACUGCCCAAUGGGAUUAUACUAGAUAGUCCCCAAACCUUAGGCCGCUUCUCCCUUCUGGAAAAUGGUUCACUUACUGUACGUGAUGCCUCUGUAUUUGACAGGGGCACAUAUUUGUGCAAAGUGUCGACUGAGUAUGGCAUAUCUGUUAUGAACGUGCCAGUCAUAGUGAUAGCCUACCCACCACGGAUCACCAGUGAGCCAGCACCUGUUAUCUACACCAGGCCUGGAAAUGCGAUUAAACUGAACUGCAUGGCCAUUGGGAUUCCUAAAGCAGAAAUAACAUGGGAGCUCCCAGACAAAUCACAUCUGACAACAGGAGCUCAGUCCCGUCUGUAUGGAAAUAAAUUCCUUCACCCUCAGGGGUCGUUAAUCAUCCAGCAAUCUACACAAAGGGAUGCAGGCUUCUACAAAUGCACUGCUAAAAAUAUCCUAGGCAGCGAUUCAAAAACAACUUAUAUCCACAUAUUCUAACAUUUAAGCAAGCUCCUCUGAUUAGACACUAAUGCCCAGUUUACUGCCUAGCAAGUACAACACAGAAAGUACUGUUUGUAAACAGUCAAACCUAUUGAGGGCAGAAAAGUGAAUUGUACAUCUCAUUUUCAUUAGCAGUACAUCAUUGCCUUCAGAUUGACCUUUAACAGUCCAAAGCCUCUUGUUAUUCCAAAGCUACUCUUUGGUUUAAGAAGCACCUUAAAAGAUACCAAAGAAGUAUUCACUGUAAUAAUACUAUUAUUACAGUUAUGGUGAUAAAAUGUUUCAUUAUUUUGUUGGAGAGACAAUAUUUUUAUCCCUUGCAGUGCUUCUGCAUAAUCUAGCCUUAUAGAAUAUGAUUGCUAACCUUUCUGUUAAUUCUUCUAUCACCUCUUCAAAAUCCAAAGAUUAAUUCAGCAAAUAAGAGUGAUCUAUUUUUUAAUAAAAGACAUUCAGACAUUAGUUACUUUAAUCUGUGAACAACCCUUUUUCAACUUCUAAGGAUGUUCCUGUUGAAUUCAAUCAUUAUAUAUUUUAUAUAUUUUUAAAUUAGACUAUGAGGCUAGAAAAACUUAUAAUGAUUUUGGUCUCAUUUUAUAAAUUAUUGGUCUUUACAAGACUCUGAUAUGUUACUGUGUUUUAUAAUGUUAAGGUCAGUAUACUGUACGUUUUAUAAUAAAAAUAUUUUCCAAACAA